AUGCCGAAACACAAGUUGAAAGGGCCCCUGACGCUCAACGGCGCGCCAUUGACUCUCAAGUUGAACCCAGAAGGAUCUAUCCGUCUGCUGGUUGUCGCGCGUGCACCGGGCGAGGCGCCCGGCCAGCCAGCGGACCUGCAACUGUAUGCAGCAGCAGACGAAGCUGCUGGCGCAGAUGAGGAGGCGGGGCAGCAGGUUAUGCUGCAGCUGGCGCCGCGAUCUGACUGCAUUGUUGUGGCAAGGCACCGCUCCAAGCUUGAUGAAGCAGCGCCUCUGCCACCUGCGGCCUCCUCCUCAUCCCCUCCCCUGGCCGGCGAGAUUGUGUUGGACCAGGUACAGCGCCACAACCUGCGGCUGCUGGCAGGGGAGGCCUACGACUUCGCACCCUUCACGCCCCCCGACGAGGGCGAAGGUGCCGCGGGCGUGCAGGGAGACGCCGGCAAUGAGGCCAAUGGUAGCGGCGACGAGGGCGGCGGCGGGCCGUUUGAUCUGGUGGAUGUUGAUCUAGAGGUCCGGCUGGCAGACGCGGCGCUGUUUGGCGGCGGCGGCGGCGGCGGCGGCUCUGCGGCUGGUGGCGACGAGGGCAGCGCCGGCAAGCAGGCUGGCGGUAGUGGUGGCGCGGUGGAGUUGGAUGCGGCCGAGGUGGCGCGCGCGUUUGGGCGUGCGUACUUUGGCCGCGUGGUGUGCGUCAACGAGUACCUGAUCGUGCGUGCCGCCGGCCGCCUGCUGCUGCUGCGGGUCACCGGCUGCAACAGCCUCACCCCGGAGGAGCAGGAGGAGGCGGCCGCGUACCACUGCUACCGCGGCCGCCUGACCCCUGAGACGGCGGUGUACCUUUCAGAGGCGCCGGGCGGCCUGGGCGGCAGCAGCGGUGACAGGGACACCCGCGGCGGUGGUGGGGCCGGAGCGAGCGGCAGGAGCAGGGGAGGGGAGGAGCUCGAGAAUGCAGCUGCAGCGGAGGGGACGCAGGAGGACAGCGGAGGGGGCGAGGAUAGUGAUGAGGAGAGCGGAAGCGAAGAGGCAGGGGAGGGUGGCGAGUGGUUGGAAACGGAAGGCGGGCAGGCGCGGCCGCGGGCGCAGACGCGCGUAUUCAGCGGCGCACGGCUCAGGCUCAAAAAUGUGCAGGCGCGCGAGGAGCGGCCGCCGCCCACCAACGUGGUCCACAUCACCACGCGCGACGGCGAAUGGUUCCCAGUCAAAAAGAAGCUGCUGCGGCCCUGCAUCGCCCUCACAGCCGUGGUGCGCGACUCUGGGAGCAGCGCGCCCAGCGUGACAGUCGACGUCGACACCCUCACGUUUGACCGCGUGCUCAUCUUCCUGGAGGCCCUCGCCAUGGGGCGGCCGCCGCCAGAGUUUGCGCUGCACCUGGCGGCGUCAGUGCUGGGGCUGCGGGCGCUGGAGCAGCACUGCAGCCGGCGGCUGGGGCAGCGGCUGGCGGCGCUUGGCACGUACACUGCGGCGGACAUCAGACGUGCCACACAGGAGGGCAAGGUGUGGCUGGUGAUCCAGGGGAUGGUGCUGGAUGUGGGCAGGUGGCUGCCGCAGCACCCGGGGGGCAGCACCAUCAUCCCCAGGCAGGCGCUGGACUGCGACUGCUCCAGGCUGUUCGAGCUGUACCACGCCAGCCGCGAGAGCUUCCUGUACCUUCGGGAGUUUUACAUAGGGGAGCUGCUGCCGGGCGAGGAGCUGCCCCAGGGCGGCGGCAACCCCGCGCCGCCGUCGGAGGACUUUUUGGAGCAGCUGCGGGCGUACACGUCUGAGUUCAGGAUGCCGGCGGCCCAGCUGCCCGAGGGGCGCGCGUUUAAGAGCUUCUGA